CGGUUGCACGCGGUCGUGUGCUUGGCUGGCGACCUGGCGUUCCCGCUCCUCGUCGCCAGAUCCGCCCCCUCCUCUCCUCUGCCGCCCACCCCGACGACGGGAACCGCCACUCACCACCAAUUCCUUCCUUCACCUCCCCUUCUCGUGGCCCGGCCGUCCACCACCGGAUCCGGUCAUCGCAGGUGGCCCGACGUCGAGGACCACGCCGGCGACUGCACCGUCCAUCUCAUCUCGCCUGCGCAGAUCUGAACCGUCAACCGCCACGACCAUGACCACCGCGUCCUCGGAACGGGCAGGACAAGAGGAGGAGAGGAGGGAGCAGGGCGACGUCCGACGGCGACCUGACCAUCCUCCUGGAUCUCGCCGGCAACCACUUCCUCCUGCUCCUGCUCAACAAGGACGAGGGAGGAGGGAGUCCGUUGGUGCGGGGCCCACGGCACCACUCCCUCGUACUUCUCCUCAACAACAUCCGGAAGAUACUUGCUUACCAGGUCAGGACCUGAAUGUCACUAGUGCAAAUGUGGCAGAACAGGGAAUGGCUCUUCAGAUGGAUAGCAUGUCAUCUCCAAUUACAAUAUCAAGCAGGGUUUGCCCCAUCUCCGGCUUUCGAGCUUCAUCAAUGCAUUUUCUUUUUUUCAUUGUUUCCUUCUUUUCCCCUUCUUCUCUCUGCCUCUUCUUAGUGGCCACAUCAACUUCUCGCUUCUUCUUUUGUUCCUCUUCAUCUCGUUUCUUCUUUUCCUCUUCAUCGCGUUUCUUCUUUUGUUCCUCUUCAAGUUUUUGUUUUAAUUCCUUCUCGCGCUUAAGUCUUUCACGCUCUACUAUUGCAUGUGGGCUCAAGCCCAACGGAUAUGCCCCUCAUGAUGAGCAGACGCACCUUCCCCAUCUCCAGCACCGCCUUCCGUCGCCGGCUCCAGGACUUGUCCUGCCAUCCCUUCAUGCAUCUUGGCAUACCAGUGAAGAGCGGUCUGGUCGUGUACUUCUUGAGCAGUGGCCGUGCCCGAUACGCUGGGGCGAGCCGCCAUGCCGCAUCCAUACAUCUCGUCUCUCCGUUGGCAGCGCGCGGUCGACGAGCUCUACAGGACAAGUUUUUUGUUCUGACGUCCCCUGAGCAAUGGCCGUGCCCGGUAUGCUGGGGCGAGCCGCCAUGCCGCAUCAUCUCGUCUCUCUGUGGGCAACGCAAGGUCGACGAGCACUGCAGGAAGCACGACAUUUCGGAGGCCUACACCGCGCGACC